UGCUUCUGGUGUUCGACGACUCGCAGAAUCCUCGGUGCGCGGGCCCGCUGCCCAAGCCUAUCCUGGUCAGCCGGCCGCUGAGAGGGACUUUCCCAAAAGGAAAACUUUCCCAAAAGGAAAACUUUCCCAAAGCCGGAUGGGGGAUGGGGAGGAGGACUGAAGAUAAAAGGGGCGCCCUGGCUGCCUGUCCAGUCCCUUGACCGGUAGCCUCAGCCCCUGGGUGUCGCACAGAUCGUCGGGGACCGCGCGACGCGGGUGCAGCACCCCGGCCGCAGGAGGCAGGGUCGCCAGCGAGCCGCCCGUCUCUUUCCUCAGCGCUGCCACUGACGUCGUCUGAGAAGCUGCUGAGGGAGGAGCCCCGACGGCCAGGCUGGGGCGGCGGCGGCGCGCGCGGGCCACGGCCAGGUCCGCCAGAGGAAGCUCCUCCUCGGCGCGACGCGGCGCCGCUGACUCGACCCACUCUGCACAGGAGACGAGGCCGCUCCGGCUCGAGCAAAGCCAGCGUCUGGCCUUGGCCGCCCUGGGAAUGGCCGGCCUCGAUACCUAGCGCCCGCGACAGGGAGGGCCUCGCCGGCUUCCCGCCUUCACGCUUGCAUCUGGACGACUGAGGCUCCCUGAGAACCGCUGGCACACCCGAAACCGGCCGGCGGCCUGAGCGCCCGCGCCGCCCGUGACCAUGAACGAGGACGCCAUCUGCAGCGCCCUGCCCACCAUCCCCUACCACAAACUCGCCGACCUGCGCUACCUGAGCCGCGGCGCCUCCGGCACGGUGUCGUCGGCCCGCCACGCCGACUGGCGCGUUCAGGUGGCGGUGAAGCAUCUGCACAUCCACACCCCGCUGCUCGACAGUGAAAGAAAUGAUGUCUUAAGAGAAGCUGAAAUUUUACACAAAGCUAGAUUUAGUUACAUUCUUCCAAUUUUGGGAAUUUGCAAUGAGCCCGAGUUUUUGGGAAUAGUUACUGAAUACAUGCCAAAUGGAUCAUUAAAUGAGCUCCUACAUAGGAAAACUGAAUAUCCUGAUGUUGCUUGGCCAUUGAGGUUUCGCAUCCUGCACGAAAUUGCGCUUGGUGUCAAUUACCUGCACAAUAUGAAUCCUCCUCUACUUCAUCACGACUUGAAGACUCAAAAUAUCUUGUUGGAUAAUGAAUUUCAUGUUAAGAUUGCAGAUUUUGGUUUAUCCAAAUGGCGAAUGAUGUCCCUUUCACAGUCACGAAAUAGUAAAUCUGCACCAGAAGGAGGCACAAUUAUCUAUAUGCCACCUGAAAACUAUGAACCUGGACAGAAAUCAAGGGCCAGUGUCAAGCACGACAUAUAUAGCUAUGCAAUUAUCACAUGGGAGGUGUUAUCCAGAAAACAGCCUUUUGAAGAAGUCACCAAUCCAUUGCAGAUUAUGUAUAGUGUGUCACAGGGACAUCGACCUGACACUAAUGAAGAAAGUUUACCUUUUGAUAUACCUCAUCGAGCACUUAUGAUAUCUCUGAUAGAAAGUGGAUGGGCACAAAAUCCGGAUGAAAGACCAUCUUUCUUAAAAUGUUUAAUAGAACUUGAACCAGUUCUGAGAACAUUUGAAGAGAUAACUUUUCUUGAAGCUGUUAUGCAGCUGAAAAAAACAAAGAGUGCUUCAAGUACUGUUCACCUAUGUGAUGAGAAGAAAAUGGAAUUAUCCCUGAACAUAUCUGUAAAUCAUGGUCCACAAGAGGAGUCAUGUGGAUCCUCUCAGCUCUAUAGAAGUGGUGCUUCUCCUGGAACCUCAAGGUCCCUGUCAGCUCCCCAGGACAGUGACUUUGUAUCUAGAAAAACACAAGACUAUUCUGUGAAGCUGCAUCACUGCCCAGUAAAUCACAGUUGGGAUAGUACUGUUUCUGCAUCUCAAAAGGCAACCUUCUGUGAUCACAAAACCUCCCCAUGUUCUUUAGUAAUAAUAAAUUCACUCUUGACUGAGGGAAAUUCAGAACGUGUGCAACCUGGUAUAGCCCAACAGUGGAUCCAGAGCAAAAGGGAAGAAAUUGUAAACCAAAUGACUGAAGCGUGCCUUAAUCAGUCACUAGAUGCCCUUCUAUCCAGGGACUUGAUCAUGAAGGAGGACUAUGAACUUAUUAGUACCAAACCCACAAGGACCUCAAAAGUCAGACAAUUACUGGACACUUCUGACAUCCAAGGAGAAGAAUUUGCCAAAGUUAUAGUUCAAAAGUUGAAAGACAACAAACAAAUGGGUCUUCAGCCAUACCCAGAAACACCUGUGGUUUCUAAAUCAUCUUUAAAUUUACUUCCAAAUAAAAGCUUAUAAAUGAGUCUUUUUCAAGAAGAAAAGUCAGUUUAUAAAAGGAUAUUUAUCUCUGUUGCCUUGAUACUGUUUUUUUAUUAAAUCCAGUAGAGUAUUAGUGCUUUACUGAAGAUUCUUCCUUAAGUAAAUAUUAGUCUCCUUCCAUGACAUUGCAGUAUUUUUUAAAUUAAUAUAAGUAAAAAGUUUGCAUUUUGCUACACAGUUCACUUUUUAUGUCUUUCAUUAAUUAUAAUUUUUUAAGUGGAAUAAUUGUAUUCUAGUACAUAACCAUGCCUUAAGAUAUCACAUGCUUCUACUGGAAGGCAUUUUCACAUUCACUUUCUUUGCAGAUUAUUUAUUACUUGUCUAAGAUGCAGUUUGACUUUAUGAAUUAUGUGCCCUUUCCAGAGAUAAUACAGUGUUCAUAUUUUAUAACGCCAGGAUUAAGUCCUCUAAGAGCUCAUUUAUUUUAAAUUCCUGUAUUUAGAUUACACUUUAAAAUUUUGUUUAUGGAUUAUUGUUUAACAGUUGUUUCAGAGACUAUGAAGUACAUAAAGAAAAAAUUAGCCUUUUAACACCAGCUAUCUGCCCCCAUUUUUAAUCUCAGUCUUCCCACUGUCAUCAACAAAGCUAAUCAAAAUUACUAGCCUAUGUGUACGAGUGUAUCCUCUGGCACCCUUCUUCCUGCUGAUAUUUAAAAUAUAUACUCAUCUGGGAGAAGACCAUUCCUUAACAUUAUCACUAUUGUUAUAUCAUAAUGCAACCUGCUUUUUGCAGUUAAUAGCGUAGCUUGUACAGCCCUCCAGAUCAGAUAGCGAUCUAAGGCAUUCUUUUUCGUUGUUACAUAAUUUCCAUGCUGCAUUUUUUAUUUUAUUUUCUUGAUCAUACCAAGGUUACCUCAAACAAUAAAGGUACAAUGGGAGCUCUUUUCUUUUUUUUCUUUUUUGUUUAUAGGUUCUAUUACUUAAUAAAAAUCUACAAGGAAUAGCCUUUUUCAGAGAAAUGUUUAGCAAUCAGCAAAAAGAGAUAUAUAAUAAUUUGAAAGUAUAAAACUUUCAAGAAUAACAUGUUGAGGAGAUUUGAUGGAACUGAAGCAAUUAGACAUUUUAUUAAAAUUAUAAAGCAUUUGAAUCUUCAAUUUGGAGUUUGACAUUAGCCCCGGUACCUCUUUUUGUUUGGGAAAUGCAGAAGUUUAUAAGGAAAAAUCAAAACUACACACAGGGGUUUCCUAAUAAGCUUUAGAAUAUUUUGAGAUAAAGAUUUAACUUGGGAUGUAAGUAGAAAAAAUAUUUUCUAGGUUUUCCCUUUUCACUACACAUAUUCUUUAAAAAUUCUUUUGAAUAUUAAUGGCUUCAAAUUUAAUUUUAUAUUGACAAUGUAUAUUUGACUUAAUAAAAUCGAGAACUUUA